CGCAGCCGGGCACUUCCGGGUGGCGAGCGCACUUCCGGGUGCGCGGCGGUGUUACCGGGGGCGGCGGCGGCACCAUGAGCACCAUGUUCGCCGACACUCUCCUCAUCGUCUUCAUCUCCGUCUGCACCGCGCUACUAGCCGAGGGUAUAACGUGGGUGCUGGUCUAUCGGACAGACAAAUACAAGAGGUUAAAGGCUGAAGUGGAAAAGCAGAGCAAGAAAUUGGAAAAGAAGAAGGAAACCAUAACUGAAUCAGCAGGCCGACAGCAGAAAAAGAAGAUAGAGAGACAAGAAGAGAAACUGAAGAAUAACAACAGGGACUUGUCAAUGGUUCGAAUGAAAUCCAUGUUUGCCAUUGGCUUCUGCUUCACUGCCUUGAUGGGAAUGUUCAACUCCAUAUUUGAUGGCCGAGUGGUGGCAAAGCUUCCAUUUAUCCCCCUCUCAUACAUCCAAGGUCUGUCCCACCGCAACCUCCUGGGUGAGGAUUACACUGACUGCUCCUUCAUCUUCCUUUACAUUCUCUGCACCAUGUCAAUCAGACAGCAAUUCUAGGUUGGGAUCAUUAAAACAGUCACUGUCCUGGAUGGGCCUGGAACACUUGGCUGGAGACUUGUACCAGGGCUUUGGGACAGAGCUGGCAGAAGUGGAUUCCUCACUUGUGUGAUAACUUUGUGGAUUGUCAUACCAAGGGAUUGUCUCCAUCAGAAGCUGAUCUAAAUCCUACUCGUUAGUAAUGAUGACUUUAACAGCAACAUGGGCAUCUUUACAAACAGCAGCUUCUUUAGGGGAAACUUUCUAAGUGGCUUGCAGCUCUGUAAAAGUUUCAUCAGUCCAUAAAGUUGUCAGAAAAGUGAUGAAAGAAUUAAAGCUGCUUUUUUGGGUUUGUCCUUCC